AUGGCUGCGGCGGCGGCCCCGCGCCGGUGGCAGUGGGCAGAGCCCCGCGCGCUCGGCCGCGCCGUCAGGCUGCUGCAGCGCCUGCAAGAGCAGUGCGAAGACCCCCGGCUGUCCCUCAGUCCCCCCUCGCUGCGGGACCUGCUGCCCCGCACGGCGCAGUUACUCGGAGAAGUGGCCAAAGCCCGACGGGCGGCCGGCGGGGACGGCCCCGCGGGAGACUUCCUCGUCGUCUACCUGGACAACCUGGAGGCCAAGGUCAAGCAGGUGGCGGCGCUGCUGCCGCCCCCAGGACGGAGGGAUGCCAACGACGAGCUCUUCCGGGAGGGUUCUAGACUCAGGCGACAGCUGGCCAAACUGGCCCUCAUCUUCAGUCACAUGCACGCCGAGCUGGGUGCACUCUUCCCCAGGGGCAAGUACUGUGGACACGAGUACCAGCUGGCCAAGGCCCCGGCCCAGGCCUUGUGGCGGGAGCACUGUGGAGCCCGGUGCGUGCUGCCCUGGGCUGAGUUCGAGAUGAUGCUGGGGAAAUGCCACCCGGUGGAGGCCGGCCCCAUGGCCCUGGCCCUGCGCUCCACUGUGGACCUCACUUGCAGCGGCCACGUGUCCAUCUUUGAGUUUGACAUCUUUACGAGGCUGUUCCAGCCAUGGCCGACUUUGCUCAAAAACUGGCAGCUGCUGGCAGUCAACCAUCCGGGCUACAUGGCCUUCCUCACGUAUGACGAGGUGCAAGCCCGCCUGCAGGCCUGCAGAGACAAGCCGGGCAGCUACAUCUUCCGGCCAAGCUGCACGCGCUUGGGACAAUGGGCCGUCGGCUACGUGAGCUCCGACGGCAGCAUCGUGCAGACCAUCGCUUCCAACAAGCCCCUAUUCCAGGUGCUCCUGAAAGGCCAGAAGGACGGCAUGUACCUGUACCCUGACGGGAGGAACCACAACCCUGACCUGAGUGAGCUCUGCCAGACAGAGCCCCACCAGCGCAUCCACGUGUCCCAGGAGCAGCUGCAGCUGUACUGGGCCAUGGACUCCACCUUUGAGCUCUGCAAGAUCUGCACCGAGAGAGACAAGGAUGUGAGGAUUGAGCCAUGCGGCCACCUGCUCUGCAGCCACUGCCUAGCUGCCUGGCAGCACACAGACAGUCACACCUGCCCCUUCUGCCGCUGCGAGAUCAAGGGCCGGGAGCCCAUCAGUAUCCACCAAGACCAGGGGAAGCCAGCUGCAGAGGGAGAGCUGGGGGGUCACAGCGACCUAAACGAGAGGGAGCCAGAGAGGGAGCCAGAGCCGGAGCAGGUGAACAGGGCCAGCCGGAACUGGGGCUGGACCCCUGGGGUGGUCCGUUCUGCUCCCCCGCUGCCCCCCAGGAGGCCCAUGAAUGAAGGCGGGCUGACCGUGGCACCCCUGGCCCUGCCCAGACUCCAGCCCCAGCUUCCACUUCCCUUGCCCAGAAAACUGCUGAAUUCAGCGGAGCUGAGCCAGCAGCUGCCCCGCCAGGGCACCUGA